GAUUGAUGUUUUGCAUGUUGAAGUCAUUCGUUACUGCCAAGAAAGUGUUAAGGGACUAAAGUUUGGCUGGUUAUAUAAUUGAAGUGAUAGACCACUUACUUUUUCAAGCCUCCGCAUAGAAGACCURCUCGACAGCCCUGAUCCUCGCUACAUUGACCUCCUUUACCCUAACAGCUCAUACAGAAUGCCUGGAUCAGCCCAAGCCAACGGCGAGGCCACGUGGCCCAAAGAUGUGGGCGUCAUCGCCCUGGAGAUCUACUUCCCCUCACAGUACGUGGACCAGGCCGAGCUGGAGCAGUUUGACGGCGUGUCGGCCGGCAAGUACACGGUGGGCCUGGGCCAGGCGCGUAUGGGCUUCUGCUCRGACCGCGAGGACAUCAACUCCCUCUGCCUGACGGUGGUCCAGCGGCUGAUGGAAAGGAAUGGCCUCUCCUACGACCAGGUGGGCCGUUUGGAGGUGGGCACUGAGACCAUCAUCGACAAGUCCAAGUCGGUGAAGACGGUGGUGAUGCAGCUGUUCGAGGAAUCGGGCAACACGGACGUGGAGGGGAUUGACACGACCAACGCUUGCUAUGGGGGCACCGCCGCCCUCUUCAACGCCGUCAACUGGGUGGAGUCUAGCUCCUGGGACGGUCGUUAUGCCCUGGUGGUGGCAGGAGACAUUGCAGUUUACGCCACAGGAAGUGCCCGGCCGACAGGGGGCGCCGGUGCGAUAGCCAUGUUGGUAGGGCCCAACGCCCCACUGGCUUUUGACAGAGGUCUGCGGGGUACACACAUGCAGCACGCCUACGACUUCUACAAGCCAGAUAUGGCGUCAGAAUAUCCUGUGGUGGACGGAAAGCUGUCUAUCGAGUGCUACCUCAGCGCCUUAGAUCGCUGUUACUCUGUCUAUCGCAACAAGAUCCAUGCACAGUGGCAAAGAGAGGGUGUGGACAAGCGUUUCAGCCUGGAGGACUUUGGCUACAUGGUGUUCCACUCUCCCUACUGCAAGCUGGUGCAGAAGUCCUUAGCCCGUCUGGUGCUCAGUGACUUCCUCAGCCACCCCAGGCCGAACACAGAGACUGGACCGUUCAGUGGCCUGGAGGCUUUCAGGGAGGUGAAGCCGGAGGAGACCUACUUCAACAGGGAUGUGGAGAAGGCCUUCAUGAAGGCCAGCACAGAGAUGUUUGAUCAAAAGACCAAGGCUUCCCUCCUCGUCUCCAACCAGAACGGCAACAUGUACACCCCCUCUGUCUACGGCUGCCUUGCUUCUGUCAUCGCACAACACACACCUCAGCACCUGGCGGGCCAGAGAAUCGGCCUGUUCUCCUACGGCUCGGGGUUUGCCGCCACACUCUACUCCCUCCGAGUCUCCCAGGACGCCACGCCUGGCUCUGGAUUGGAUAAGAUCUGUGCCAGCCUGUGUGACCUCAAGGCCAGACUGGACUCCAGGAGGAAGGUGUCACCUGCCAUGUUCGCUGAAAACAUGCAGCUGAGGGAAGAGACCCACCACCUAGCACCGUACGUGCCCCAGGGCGCUGUGGAGGAGCUGUUCCCUGGGACGUGGUAUCUGACCCGGGUGGACGAAAAGCACCGUCGGGAGUACUCCAGAUGCUCCCUGAACGACGACUUGCCCCUGGAGGCUGGCCUGGUCAACUCCACCACAGCCACUGAGCAGCACAUCCCAAGCCCAGUGAAGAAGAUGCCCCGCCUCCCCGCCUCCACAGCUGGUCCUGAGGCGGUCACCGUUAGCAAUGGGGAUCAUUAAGCUAAGCUUACCUCUGUGAGGUACAGGUAGACAUGGAGGACGAUCAACAAAGGACAUUGGAAACACAAUUAUAAUGCUAGCAGAGAGGACCUUCUCCUCAGAGAUAUGUUUUCUAACAUAUUGCUGAAUGCUGCGUAAAACCAAGCUAUUUAACUAUCACAUCGUAGAAUUUAUCUUCAACCAUCAUUGCUCUCUAAUAUGUAACAGGGAGUAAUAUUAUAUGAAAUGUGUGUGUUCCAUUGGAUGCAUGGAAAGGAAAAGUGUUUGUCAAGGUAGCAGACAUUCCUGAAACUAAAAUCCUCAAGAUUCCACAUAAUUCCUGAGCCAGGGUGAAAAAUUUGAUCAGAUUUCGGCUAUUAAGAUUAUGUUUUACAUAAGUUUGCAUUUCCCUUUUUCAAAAAGAAUAAAAUAAAGUAUUUAUAGCCCAACAAAUUCAACAAGCUAUUUUUAUUUAAUUUUGGACCAAUUCUUUGUUCAAAAUAUUUUUUUAUCUUAUCAUGGCGCAAACUUAACAGUGAAAAAAAAAACUAUGUAAAAAAAAUAGAAGCUCCAUUUUAAGUCAACUAUUAUGUUCACUCUUAGCACCAAGAGGAAAUGGAAGCUUGAGGAACAUGACUGCCUGCAGGCCUUUGGGGAUAAAAAGGGAAGUGAGGCCUGUUUGUUUAUCAAAUGCUGCUGCUACCGUUGCAGCUUGCUGUAAUGACUUGAGCUGUACAAAGGAGCUACACCCCUACUAUACCUUAAGAUUGACCGCUUUCAGAAUACUUCUGUUUGCUAUAUAGGGGAAACAAUAA